GUCUGUCACCACCUCACUUGGUGUCUGCUGUCCCCGCCAGGCAAGCCUGGGGUGAGAGCACAGAGGAGUGGGCCGGGACCAUGCGGGGGACACGGCUGGCGCUCCUGGCGCUGGUGCUGGCUGCCUGCGGAGAGCUGGCGCCGGCCCUGCACUGCUACGUCUGUCCGGAGCCCACAGGAGUGUCCGACUGUGUCACCAUCGCCACCUGCACCACCAACGAAACCAUGUGCAAGACUACACUCUACUCCCGGGAGAUAGUGUACCCCUUCCAGGGGGACUCCACGGUGACCAAGUCCUGUGCCAGCAAGUGUGAGCCCUCGGAUGUGGAUGGCAUCGGCCAGACCCGGCCCGUGUCCUGCUGCAAUACUGAGCUGUGCAAUGUAGACGGGGCGCCCGCUCUGAACAGCCUCCACUGCGGGGUCCUCACGCUCCUCCCACUCCUGAGCCUCCGACUGUAG